GUCUGCGCGCAGAGCAGCUCGGUGAGAAAAAAUGGCACAGAAUAGCGCCGACAAGAAGGACCGGCCACUGGAGAAUUCAAUAACAGAGCGGGGAAGAAACCUGGACUCCAGAUAGGACAAUGCCCCACCUGAUAUAAUAAAAUAUAAUAAAUCCAGGUUCCUGCCGCACAUACAGAUGAAUAGAAUUCAGUCACAACAGGUGCCCCGGGCUUCUACAAAGAUCUCCUCCCCUCCUCACCCCACGUGACCGAUCACAUGAUCAUGACGUCGGGAAAGGUCCUUUAACCCAUGAGGCUCCAGCAUCGACAGUGACAGACUGUGCCACCCUUCUGCUUAUCUGGGGGGGGGCGUCCUACAGGAAGAUCUGUCCUCACAGGAGCCGGGGUGGAGGAGGGGUCACUGCCCGGGUGACAUUGUAAUGGAAAUAACUUUCAGUGAUCUACAGUAACCAUGCUAAAAGCUGUAGGUGACCCCGUCCUGCGGUGGCGCCAUAGAUCCUGGAGGCAAGCCCUUCUGUGCCAACAGAUCAUUGCAUCUGGUUGUUUACCGGGUACCAGGACAUUCACCAACUCAGGUUCUGCACCAGGUUCACAGACGGGUACAACAGAAAACAAAACGACGGUUGACAAUCUUUAUAACUUGUCCGUAAAUAUUAAGAAGAUUCGCCGGUUAAAAAACUGGACCCUUUACGAAGAUGUGGCCUAUGUCCAGGAGACCGCUAGUAUCUUAAAGGAUAUGGGAGCAAGUGAUGUUACCGUGGCCAAUAUUCUGGAGUCGUGUCCGGAAGCUUUUCUUCAGGAACCUGCAGAAAUCCACUCUCAAAAAUCCAUCUGGAACUUAGUCUGCCCCAAGGAUGGAGAACUAAUAGCGCUAAUAGAAAAGUUUCCCGAUUCCUUCUUCACUUGUAAGAGUCCCAUCCACCAAAGAGCCAACAUCAGAUACUUUCAAGAUCUAGGGCUGAACAACAAAAUUGUCAGCAGGCUUCUCACCAGCGCUCCGCAGAUCUUUUGUAAUCAGGUUGAAAGCAAUAAGAAGAUGGUCGAUGCUCUGGAAGAAAAUUACCUCAGUCUGGGGGGUACGAGAGUAAACUUUAAAGCCUGGUUUAUGAAGUUAAUAAGUCAAGAUCCAUUUGUCCUCUCCAAAACCACAGAGUCAAUGAAGGAGAAUCUAAAGUUUUUACAAGAGUUAGGAUUUCGUGAUGAGAAAGUCUUGAAACUACUGUCUAAACUGAAAGGUUUUAUCUUCGAUCUGGACAAGGAAAUAAUGGAGAAGGGGGUUCUGUUCACAACCUCGACUUUCAAAUGCACCAACGAAGAGCUAAGGGACAUGGUAAUGAAAUGUCCGGCCCUCAUCUACUAUCCCGUCCCGCUGCUGGAAGAACGUAUAGGACUUCUUCUCCGGGAAGGGGCUUCUAUAAAUCAAGUUAAAGAAUGUCCUAAUGUUCUAGAACUCACCCCACAAAUCGUACAGUUCAGAGCGAGAAAAAUCAAACAGUUGGGUCGUAGAAUAGAGGAUCAGAGUUUAGAGGUUUUAAAUGGAACUAAAAAAGAUUUUGAAGUGAAUUUUGGAAAGUUACAAGUGAGAAAAGAACGGCCUCUCUUCAAUCCUGUUGCUCCAUUGCACGUGGAAGAGUGACCUGACUACUUUAGUGGUUUAAAAUGAAUAAAGGCAGGGCUGAAUAUGAAAGUGGAUUGUUUCAUUGGUGGCCUUAUUGUUAUAGUUGAACUAUAUGACUGCCAUGGGUUCCAUUGACUCUUGUGCUGUGGUUGAGCAACCAUUUAGGUUGAAGCCACAUGAGAGGCCAGCCACAUAUGGCAAACCCACAUAGAGGCCAAUGACCGCAUGUCUUACUACCAAAAUUAUUUGGCCGUUUGCCACCCCAGGAGCGUGUGGUGUUGUCCUCAUGCUGAAAGCCGCUCGUGUGGCUUCACCGACAAACCUGCUUAGGUUGGUGGUCUUGCUAUC